AUGCCUAGUUCAACAAUGUCGCCGGAUGCGAAGAUACAGAUGGCUCAUGAUCUUCGUAGGUCAAUACGAGAAUUGAGAGAUAGAGGAUUGAUGGUAUCUGCGAAAUGGGCAUCUGAGCUUCUAUCUGCUUUACCUAAGGAAUAUAGACAGGCGCCUCAUCUCCCUUUCUCGCCACCACCUCAAUCGCAUAUUUUAGCACCACAAUCACCGCCUUCGCAUCCCAGACCUUCCAUAGGUGACUUCCUACCUUCCCCAGGUCCAGGUUCAUUCAACGCCGAAGCUGGACCUUCAAGAGGUAGGACUAUGCAUGGAAUCGAAUUGGAGGAAGAAUAUGAUAUACUGGAAGAAGAUGAAUUCCAACUUGCCAGAGGUUAUUUCGACCUAAAGGAGUAUGAUAGAGUGGCUUGGGUGUUAAAAGAUACGAAAGGUAGCAGAAGUAAAUUCUUGAAAUAUUAUUCGAUAUAUCUGUCAGCCGAUAGGAAAGCGCAAGAGUCGUUACCUCACUUUUUAGAUACGAAAGAAGAGAGAUUGGCUUUAUAUCCUGCUUUAUCACCUCUGCUAUCUGAACUGAAAGAUGAGAAAGAUCCCUAUCUAUUGUAUCUCAGAGGAUUAUGUUAUAUGAGAUUAGAUAGGAGACCUCCAGCAGUCAAGUGUUUGAUGGAUAGUGUGAGGCAGAAACCGUAUAACUGGAGCGCAUGGAGUCAGAUGGCUCAAUUAGUUUACUCGGCUGAUAUGUUCAUAUCGAUGAAAGAAGAAUUACCAUCGUCACCAAUGUUAACCUUCUUCGCAAUAAGUUGUAUGCUCGAUCUACAUACUGCAACGGAAUUAGUCAUGAGUAUGAUCAAAGAAUUGCUUGAAGUAUUCCCUGAAAGUAUUCACUUGAAAGCACAAAGGGCGAUGGUGUAUUAUCAUAUGAGAGAUUUCGAAACGGCCGAAAGGGAAUUUGAUCAAGUUCAGAGAUCCGAUCCAUUCAGAAUGGAAGAAGUUGAUAUCUAUUCGAACAUGUUAUAUGUCAUGAACAAACAAGCCAAACUUGGUAAACUGGCACAUGAGUAUGCUGAGAUAGAUAGGAAUAGAGCGGAAGUUUGCUGUUUGAUAGGUAAUUACUAUUCCUCAAGAGCAGAUCACACAAAAGCUAUCACAUAUUUCAAGCGAUCGUUAAUGCUCAAUAGAGAAUACCUUCCGGCAUGGACACUAAUGGGACAUGAAUUUGUCGAGUUGAAGAAUUCACAUGCUGCCAUCGAAGCGUAUAGGAAAGCGAUAGAUGUGAACGCUAAGGACUAUCGAGCAUGGUAUGGUCUAGGCCAAGCAUAUGAGUUGCUCGAUAUGCCAAUGUACGCCAUCGAAUAUUAUAAUCAAGCUACUUCGUUGAGGCCAUAUGAUUGUAGGAUGUGGACUGCCCUAGCAACCGUAUAUGAGAACUUGAAAAGAUUACCAGACGCUAUCUUAGCUCACACGAGAGCGUUACUGGGUGCAGAUCGUAUACAAACCCCAACGAUAUUAUUGAAAUUAGCUUCUUUACAUUCAAGUCUAAAUCAACCUAAAGAAGCUGUAUCAUUUCAUCGCAAAAUAUUAGCCUUGGGAGAAAAAUCAAAUUUAUCAGUAAUGGAUUUAGCGCAGAGUUAUCUAUUCAUUUCAGAAUGGGAAUUACGUGAUUUACUUUCACCUCCUUCUCCCACUAAUCUCAAUUCACAUCCUCAUCUUCAUUCUCAUCAAGAUCAACAAGAUCAACAUAUGAAUAUGAACGUAGAUGGAAAUGUGGUGGAAGACAAAGAUAUAAAUGCCGGUGGUGAUUGGGCUCUAGCUUCUCAGUAUUUGGAAAAAGUAGCUUCUACAAAUGCUCUUCAAAGAGAUAGAGCAGAAGAAUUGUUAAGAUUACUCAGAAUCAAAGAAGCUAGGAUGGCGGCGGAUUUGUGA